GGGACGGGGUCUGGCUCAGAAAGGGCGGCCUCCAUGUUCUACAGCCGGUUAUUGGCUACCACCGCCCUUCGGAGCCGCGGGUCCCGGCCUGCGCUUCGGUCCGCCGCCCAGGUUCUGGGAAGUUCUGGAUUUUUUAACAACCAUGGACUCCAAAUACAGCAGCAGCAACAAAGGAAUCUCUCACUACAUGAAUACAUGAGUAUGGAAUUGUUGCAAGAAGGUGGUGUCUCCAUUCCCAAAGGACAUGUGGCAAAAUCACCAGAUGAAGCUUAUGCAGUUGCCAAAAAAUUAGGUUCAAAAGAUGUUGUGAUAAAGGCACAGGUUUUAGCUGGUGGAAGAGGAAAAGGAACAUUUGAGAGUGGCCUCAAAGGAGGAGUGAAGAUAGUUUUCUCUCCAGAAGAAGCAAAAGCUGUUUCCUCACAAAUUAUUGGGAAAAAGUUGUUUACCAAGCAAACAGGAGAAAAAGGCAGAAUAUGCAAUCAAGUAUUGGUUUGUGAGAGAAGAUGUCCCCGGAGAGAAUACUACUUUGCAAUAACGAUGGAAAGGUCAUUUCAAGGUCCUGUAUUAAUAGGAAGUUCUCAAGGUGGUGUCAACAUUGAAGAUGUUGCUGCUGAGACUCCUGAGGCCAUAUUUAAAGAACCUAUUGAUAUUGUAGAAGGCAUCAAGAAGGAACAAGCUGUCCGGCUUGCACAGAAGAUGGGAUUUCCACCUAAUAUUGUGGAUUCGGCGGCAGAAAAUAUGGUCAAGCUUUACAACCUUUUUCUGAAAUACGAUGCAACUAUGGUAGAAAUAAAUCCAGUGGUAGAGGAUUCAGAUGGAUCUGUGCUGUGCAUGGAUGCAAAGAUCAACUUUGAUUCUAAUUCAGCUUAUUGCCAGAAGAAAAUCUUUGACUUACAGGAUUGGACCCAGGAAGAUGAAAGGGAGGAAGGUGCAGCUAAGGCAGAUCUCAACUACAUUGGCCUUGAUGGAAAUAUAGGCUGUAUAGUAAAUGGUGCUGGUUUGGCAAUGGCCACAAUGGAUAUAAUAAAACUUCACGGAGGGACUCCAGCGAACUUUCUUGAUGUUGGUGGUGGUGCCACAGUCCAUCAAGUAACAGAAGCAUUUAAGCUUAUCACUUCAGAUAAAAAGGUACUGGCUAUUCUGGUCAACAUUUUUGGAGUCAUAUGGUGUGAUGUUAUUGCACAGGGUAUAGUUAUGGCAGUAAAGGAUUUGGAAAUUAAAAUACCUAUUGUGGUUCGGUUACAAGGUACAAGAGUUGAUGAUGCUAAGGCACUGAUAGCAGACAGUGGACUUAAAAUUCUUGCUUGUGAUGACUUGGAUGAAGCUGCUAAAAUGGUUGUAAAGCUCUCUGAAAUAGUGACCUUAGCCAAGCAAGCCCAUGUGGAUGUGAAAUUUCAGUUGCCAAUCUGAUUGGAGAACCCAGUGGAUGGCUGAAGGUGUUAAAUGUGCAAUAAUCGUUAAAAAUACUGUGUUCUGUAUUAUUAUUGUUCCUUUUCUCUUUAGUGUACGGAGAUUAUAAUUGCCAGCUAGGCACAAAAACUUUUAAAAGCAUUUGGUCUGCAUUUAAUUCUACUGUUCAGAGUGGGCUGUUUGUAUAAAGAAUGUAUAAUGCAGUGA